AUAAAAUCUAAAUUGAAGUCAAUUUGGGAUAAUUUUGCGAAAAUGAUUCCCAAAAGAAUUCUGUUGAGUUCAGUGGACUCGUGCUUUAAUGAAGUCUCGAAGAUAUCAAUCGAAUCGUUGUGCGAAUUAAUGGCUCUAUUAAAGCAAACAUUUGAAGACAUUAGCUCUAAGGGCGACGUUCAGAACAUCCAGAAGUUUGUCAAAAAUCUAUUGCUCAAGACAUUGGACGUCAGGAAUAUGAACCGAAACAGCGCUGAGUCCACACAAAUUGAUAGUUUGGAGAACUCAUGCAAUGAGACAUUCUGUGCACUCAUUCCUAAAAUGACUGAAAUUACAUUUCGACCGCUUUUUUAUAAGCUGAAUCCCUAA